AUGCGCGAGGGCCGGUCUGGCUGGAGGGCGGGAGGGGAGGAAAAGGGAAGGAGGGAGAGGGCCCGAGCGGACGAGUUUGCUGCGGCUCCCUUAUCCCGCGCGGUGGCGAGGGAAGGGUCACCGGGGGACGCCGCCGGGGGCUGCGUUGUACAGGAGGCCGGCGGCGGAACGCCCCCGCUCCGAUGGUUGCCGGCGGACAGGGCUUACUGCCGGCGAGGAGGAGCAGAAGGAGAGCCCGAGUACAGCCCUGUGCCGCCCGCUUUCUCCCCGCCACAGUGUCCCGGCGGCCGUGCGGAGGAGCCCCGCUGCGGUCAACAUUGUCUUUGUGUCCUGGAGUCGCUGCCGUGUCCCGGAGCCUGCAGGCUCUGCCCGGAUCGGGGAGCCAGGAGCGGGGAAGGCGGGGCUGGAAAGACCUUCCCCCGCUCUGCUGAAGCAAAACAACCGGGACCCGGCCGGCCCAGGCCGCGCACCGCGGGCUCACCCCAGCAGCGCUCCGCGGACGGCGGCCGGAGCGGUCGGAGCGGAGCAGAGCGGCCCGACGCUGCCCCCGCCCGGGGGCAGGCGGGGGCGCGGCGGUGCUCGGGCGCUGCGCGGCGGCGGCAGUGGGCGCCUCCGGCGGGGCGCGACAGCGGAAUCGUGGCUUACAACAGCCGGAGCCAGAGCAAGGAGCCGCUCGUGCUGGCCACGGAAGGAGUGGCGACCUGGUACAGCUGCGGGCCGACAGUGUAUGACCAUGCACACCUCGGGCACGCCUGCUCCUAUGUUAGGUUUGAUAUAAUUCGAAGGAUAAUGACAAGGUUUUUUGGAAUUGAAGUUAUCAUGGUGAUGGGGAUCACAGACAUAGAUGACAAGAUAAUAAAAAGAGCCAAUGAGAUGAAUAUGUCACCAGUAGCUCUUGCUCGUAUUUAUGAAGAAGACUUUAAACAAGAUAUGGCUGCCUUAAAGGUCCUUCCUCCUACGGCAUAUAUGAGGGUGACUGACAAUAUUCCUCAAAUAAUUUCCUUUAUAAAAACAAUAAUUUCCAGUGGACAAGCUUAUGCAACCUCGCAAGGCAAUGUUUAUUUUGAUGUUAAAUCCUGGGGAAAAAGAUACGGAGUGUUCACUGCUAUUAACCCUGAUACCCAAGAUGAAGCAGUUGAUUCUGAUAAACGACAUGGUAAAGAUUUUGCCCUGUGGAAGGCUGCCAAGCCUCAAGAGCUAUCUUGGAAUUCUCCCUGGGGAAAAGGACGACCUGGAUGGCACAUUGAAUGUUCCACAAUAUCAAGUGCAGUGUUUGGAAAGCAGCUGGACAUCCAUACCGGUGGAAUAGAUCUUGCAUUUCCUCAUCAUGAAAAUGAAAUUGCCCAGUGUGAGGUGUAUCAUCAGUGUGAGCAAUGGGGGAAUUACUUUCUGCAUUCUGGGCAUUUGCAUGUUAAAGGAAGUCAAGAAAAAAUGUCAAAGUCAUUAAAAAACUACGUAACAAUUAAGGAUUUCCUGGAGAAAUGUUCGUCAGAUCAGUUCAGAAUGUUUUGUUUGCGCGGCAGAUACAGCUCAGCAGUAGAAUUUAGUGAGGAGAGCAUGGAAGAUGCAAAGAACCUUCUUCAGGCAAUCUCCUCAUUUAUUAGAGAUGCAAAUGCUUAUAUAAAAGGACAGCUGGUGUGUGACCCUGUUAGAGAAGACAUAUUGUGGGAAAGGCUAGCCAACACAAAAGUAACCGUGAAGGCUGCGUUUGCAGAUGACUUUGACACCUCCAGGGCUGUUGCAGCAAUUAUGGACCUCAUUCACCAUGGCAACAGACAGCUUAAGGCUGUUACUAAGGAUGCUGGAUCUCCUAGAAGCUCUGUUGUGUAUGGAAGCAUUAUUUCCUAUAUUGAAGGCUUUUUCAGUGCUCUUGGGAUGUCCUUUGGAGAAAGACAGGUGGCUGUGGGAGCAGACAAAUCUGCAGUGCUCUCCAAUGUCAUUGAAGAGCUGGUGAGGUUCCGCUCGAAGGUCCGGCAUUACGCGCUGGCUCUGCCGGAAACAGCAGGAGCCGAGGAACCCAAGCAGGAGCAGAAGGAGAAGAGGAAGCAGUUAAUGCAGGAGAGAAAGCCCCUCUUGGAGGCUUGUGACAGUCUGCGUGGAGACCUUGCUGCCUUUGGAAUCCACAUAAAGGACAGAGCUGCUGUUUCAACCUGGGAAAUUGUGGAAGGAGGCCAGACAGAGAAGCAGACUGAGAAAAAAAGCUGAUCCUUCAUCCUUGGACUUGUUUUUUAUUUCAGCUACUUCAGCAACUGUUGUAAAUACAAAUUCUUUCAAAAUAAAAUCUGUUGAACAGAA